UGUAAUUGUUGUUUGAUAGAGCAUUGACAAAGCUCACACUGUUCAUAUUCUCUGUAGAACUGAGGGGAAGGACGGUCAAGUUGAGGGACAAGGAGAAGAUGGCAAAGGUCGAAACGAGAGGACUGUAAUUAUGGACAAGUCCAAAGGAGAGCCUGUCAUCAGUUUGAAAACCAAGAGCAAAGAACGAAGCUCAAAGAGUCGGGACCGCAAGUCGCCGAGUAAGGAGACGAAAGAAAUCCUGUCGUUCGACCAGAUCAAGGAGCAGAGAGAGAGGGAGCGACAGAGGCAGCGAGAGAGGGAGAUCAGAGAGGUGGAGAGACGCAGAACCGAUCGGGACCGUGACACCCGUCCGGACCGCGAGCGCGAAAGGAUCCGUCUGUUCCGAGAGAAAGAGGAGAGGAAACACUUGCUCCGGAAGAGAGACUAUCUGGAGGUUGAUAAACUCACUGAACGGUUUAACCCUCAGGUUGAGAAGCAGCGCCUGGACGCAGAGCGCAUGGAGCGUCAGUUCCUGGAGCGAGAGAGGCUUCGCAUCGAGUACGAGAGGCGGCGCGAGCAGGAGCGCAUCAUGAGGGAGAGGGACGAGCUGCGACGACAGCAGGAGCAGCUGCGCUACGAGCAGGACCGCCGCUCCCUCAAGAGACCCUACGACAUCGACAGCAGGUACAUUGUGACGGCACCAUCAUUCUUGAAGGCGUAUAUGUAUCAAAAAACAUCGUGGAGCUGCAGAGUAAUCCCAGUUUACAACAUGUCAAUGAAUGCACAAAUUAUCAAACCCUUAAAUAUCAUGAAUCAUAUGCAAUCACAGUCAACAUAUUUUUAGUUAUUUUUCCCAAUUGUUAAGCAAGGCA